CUUACCUCGCUCAGACCUGAAUCCAACCAACGGACGGUUCUCCUGCAUUGAGUGCGCAAAGUUGUGUGCAGAUCAGAUGUCUUGUAAGACUUUCUUCCACAAACCCGCAGAUAUGAUUUGUUAUCUUUACAAUUAUCCAUCGAUGGAAUACACAGAAACAUUCCCGGAAUCGGGGAUUAAGGUUUAUAAGAUGAAAGGAUGUUCUUGGCCUGAAUAUGAUGUAUUGAGAGAAAUAGGAGUGUGCCUGAAGUUUUACGAGACAACAAAUUCUUCGUUUACGUAUGAAACGACAGUGUGUAAAGAAAAUGGUGGAGAAUUGAUAUCACUGGAAACUGAUCUUAAAAUCGAUUGCCUUUCAUCCUACUUGCUUCUACAGUUCGGAAGAGGAGUGGCUGUCUCUGUUGGACUUGACAAUUCUGCGGGCUGGAAAUGGGUCAAUGGUCAGCCACUGGACAUCAGCCAUCCCAAUGUGUCCGUUGAGAUCAAUGAGCAUGACAGGAACAUGGCUCCUUGUGACAGCAACUAUUGCAGAAUAUUAUCUGUUAGUUUUGAGAUUGUAAGGAUAUAUGAUAACUGCUGCAAUAAUAUUAAGCCCAGGUUUGUGUGUUCCAUACCUUUUAGGUAG